GAAAAAGCCAUUCAUUAAUUUAUGUUAAAACAUCAAUAGUUAAAAAGUAAAAAGUAAAAUAUUAGUAAAAUGGUAACGUUAGGACCAAAGAAAGACGGGGGACCUAAUAUUGACUUCUUUCAGUCUGCUGAAUCAUUGCAAGGAUUCGAAAAUGUUAGAUUGUAUUUACAAAAAAACUGUAAAAAGCACAUACAAGCAGAUCCGCCAACAAAAGAGAGUCUCAGUCAAUUAAUCAUUCAAUUUAUUCAGUAUCAGGAUUCAAAAUUGGGUAAACAUACAUCAGAUGCUCCGGUCACACGGCUUCCUAUGCGAUGCUUCUUAGACUUUAAAUCUGGAGGAGCCCUUUGUCAAAUUUUAUCUGUAAUGUAUAAAUACAAAGCGGAACAAAGAUGGAGAAAAUUUGAUUUUAUGAACCAAGGAAGAAAAGAACCAUUAGUACAGAUGUUAAUUGACAUUGAAGGAGCAUUAUCAGAAGCGGAAAUUCUCCGUUAUCCAAUAGUCUUUAUAAAACCAGAAGUAGAUAAGACAUUAUCGGCGAAAAUAAAGGAUAUUAUUAUAGGUCGCCAAGGUGAAAUAGUUGAUGAUGAAGAAGAAGCCACACACAUUAUAUUUCCUACAGUUGAUCCCCUUCCUGAUGAAUAUGCUCGAGUUGUAUUUAAACGUGACAAACAUGUUAUGCUUCAUUGGUAUUAUUUACCUGAUUCAUAUGAUUCAUGGGUUCCAAAUUUGUUCGAUUUGCCGGAGCAAGUUCCAGACAAUCCAAUGUCACCUGGUGAUAAACGUUGGUUACUCUCUGCAUCGUGGGUCUUAGACAUAGAACAAUAUAACGAAUGGAUGUCGGAAGAAGAUUAUGAAGUUGAUGAAUUUGGAAAGAAAAAAGUGCAUAAACUUCGCAUUGGUGUAGAUGAACUUAUGACUGCAACUGUCGAUGAUAAAUCAAAGAAAAAAUCUAUUGAUAAAAAAAGAAAACGAUCACCAUCUCCACAACUUAAAAAUAAAAGGAAGAGUGGACGAUCACCAGCAGUAUUUCAGAAAAAAACUCGGGCAGAGGAUGAAGAAGGUGAAGACUUGACAAAAGAUAUGGAGGAACCACAGAGUGAACCCAAUAUCACAGAAGUUAAACCUGGCACAAGUAAUACGGAUAUUGCCACAUCUAAUAUGAGUAAAAAGGAUGGCGAUUUAAUGCCUAUUAAAGGGGCAACAGUAACCGAUUUAGAUGAGGAAGCUGAUCGUGGUGAUGAUUCUCAACAAGGAAAAUUGAGUGAAAAUUCUAAUACCCAAGAUUUUAAAGCAAAUGAUGAUUUAGAAGACAACGUAACUGAACAAGCACAUCAUAUUAUUGUUCCAUCAUAUUCAGCUUGGUUCGAAUAUUCUUCUAUUCACGUGGUUGAAAAGCGAGCCCUGCCAGAAUUUUUCAAUGGAAAAAACAAAUCAAAAACUCCUGAGAUUUACCUAGCUUAUCGAAAUUUUAUGAUUGACACCUAUAGGUUAAAUCCUACAGAAUAUUUGACUAGUACGGCUUGUCGUCGAAAUUUAGCUGGAGACGUGUGCGCUAUAAUGCGUGUACAUGCAUUUUUAGAACAAUGGGGUUUAAUUAAUUAUCAAAUAGAUUCUGAAGCCCGACCUACCCCAAUGGGACCACCACCAACUUCGCAUUUUCAUGUUUUAAGCGACACGCCAUCUGGGUUACAACCAAUAAAUGUACAAAAAACUCCGCAGCCAUUUGCUGCAAAAAAUCUAUUGGAUCUAGAAAGAAAAUAUAACUCUGAAAAAAAAGACAGUGAAUCCACACAAGGUUCCAAUGAAUCAACACACAAAACAGAGUCGGGAAUAUCAGAUACUAGUGGUCAAUUUGGACUAAAAUUGGAUCAAUAUUCUAAAAAACCUCAAGUGAUGCGAAAUAAAACAGCGGCAGGUAUCAACCGAGAAUGGACAGAACAAGAAACUCUUUUAUUAUUGGAAGGUUUAGAAAUGUUCAAAGACGAUUGGAAUAAAGUUUGCGAACAUGUCGGUUCUCGCACGCAAGAUGAAUGUAUCUUACAUUUUUUGCGUUUACCAAUUGAAGAUCCUUAUUUAGAAGACGAAAAUCUAUUUCUUGGCCCAUUAUCAUUUCAACCAAUACCAUUUAGUAAGGCUGGUAAUCCAAUAAUGUCAACCGUAGCUUUUUUAGCUUCAGUGGUAGAUCCUCGAAUAGCUGCAAGUGCAGCAAAAGCUGCGAUGGAAGAAUUCUCUACUAUAAAGGAUGAAGUACCGGCAAACAUGUUGGAUGCACAUUUCAAAAAUGUUGAAAAAUCUACACAGAGUGGAAAGUUCGAUCCUUUUGCUGGAUUAUCAAUGAGUGGAAUUGCUGGUACUGGAUCCGAUAAGGAUAAAGAUGAUGAAGAACAAAAGACUAAUACAUCAACAAAUGAAAAUUUUAUAAAAGAAGAUGUCCAAAAAGAUAAUGAAAUCGUUCAAACUAAAAAGUCCACUGAAAAAGGUGUAAUAAAAGAAGAAACAGGCGCAGAUAACGCACACGAUCCAUCUGAGAUUCAUGAUAAACAAGAAGCUGACACAAAAACAUUUAAUGAAGCUAAUAUACAAACAGCAGCAGCAUCAGCAUUAGCAGCAGCAGCUGUAAAAGCUAAACAUUUAGCUGCUGUAGAGGAGCGAAAAAUAAAAAGUCUGGUAGCACUUUUAGUAGAAACACAAAUGAAGAAGCUUGAGAUUAAACUUCGACAUUUUGAGGAACUCGAAACAACAAUGGAACGAGAAAGAGAAGGACUAGAAUAUCAACGUCAACAAUUAAUACAAGAAAGACAACAAUUUCACCUAGAACAAUUAAAAGCUGCUGAAUUUAGAGCUCGUCAACAAGCACACCAACGUUAUCAACAAGAACAGGGACAUUGGCAAGGUCCACACCAAACAUCAGGCUCUCUUCAAAACAAUGUGACAUCAAGUGGAACACUAAACGCUCCUCAAAACGAGACAUUAUCCAGCGCUCAGCAAAGUAAUCUAUCUACCCUAGCAGGACAAACUAUAAUGUCCAACUAAAAAUAAAACAAUUAUAUAUUUGACUUACAUUAAAUUAUAUAAAAAUAACGAAAAAAUAUGCAUUUCAAUAUUUUAAAUAUAUUUUAUUUAAAUUUAUUAUUAUACUUAUACUUAUCAUUAUUAUACAUAAAUAUUAAAUAUUCUGAAAUAAAUCUAAUUACUUA